AAUAUGGGUAAUCUAGGCACGAGGGCUUGAUAUCAUACCUGGAUUGCCACAAGUGCUCUCGCACUUGUGGCAAUCCAGGAUUUCAGGAUCUAGUUCUGGGCAAUCUAGUUCCAGCAAAGGAUUUCAACUGAGAUUGAGACGACUGUUUCCGUGAGAUUCUGGUCUGCAUGAAAAUUGCUAGAUACCGUAAAGAACUUGCGACUGCCACUAUGUAUCUUCAACUAGGAGAGAUGUAAAAGAAAUGCUUUCAUUGUUAUUUUACAUCCAUCUAAUCAUUUCUGUAUUGCUUCUGUACUUCGGAUACCUAAUAUACAAAUCAUAUCAACGACGUUUACCAUCCAAGAAUAAAGCUGUAUUUAUUACAGGAUGCGAUACUGGAUUUGGACAUCUUUUUGCUCAACGUAUGGCAGAAAGGAACUAUCGUGUAUUUGCGGGUUGUCUCUUUCCAGAAGGUGACGGAGCCAAUAAAUUAAAAGCAUUUUCUUCAAAGAUCGAAGUCAUUCCACUCGACGUCACAAACGAACAAAGUGUAAAAGAAGCGGCCAAAGCUGUGGAAAUCAGUCUUAGAGAUGAUGAUAUUUUAUGGGCAGUUGUUAAUAAUGCUGGACUCGGACAUUCAAGUGAAAUUGAAUGGACUCCGAUGGAAACAAUUUUAAAACUUUUUAAUGUUAAUGUCUUUGGAAUGGUUCGAGUGACUAAAGAAUUUCUGCCACAUCUACAAAAAUCCGGAGGAAGAAUUAUCAAUUUAACAAGCAUAACAGGUAUUAGAAGAAUACCUUCAGUAGUAUGUUACAGUAUGAGUAAAUCGGCAGCUUCAAGUUUUUCGGAUGGAAUUCGUUUGGAAAUGAAAAAAUGGAAUAUUAAAGUUAUAAAUAUACAACCUUAUUAUUAUAGCACUCAUCUAACCAAUAGUGAUAACAUAACAUCGAAUAUUGAUCAAUGUUGGAAGAAUACUGAUUCAAAAUAUACUUCUGUUCUCGGAAAUGAAUAUUUAAAAAAUUAUACCAAAAACAUCUGUCGAAUGGCCAAUUUGUUGAAUUCCAGGAAAGUGGAAGAUGUGAUUUUGUGUUUAGAAGAUGCAGUCACUUCGCCAUUUCCAAAAUUAUAUUAUCGACCGGGAAAUCUUCUCAACAAGAUUUUCAUAGAUAUACCUAAUCUACUUCCUCCUUCCGCACAGGAUUUUAUUCAGAAUUUAUUUGUUUAUUCUAAAAUCCCAUGUGGUAUAGAAAUUUGUAAUAGGAUACAUAAUGUCACGUUUGAAACAAUCAAUAACGUCACAACUUGA